GUUUAACUGAAAAUCGUUGCACAGGUAAGCAGAUUUAUGACGUCGAUUAACAACAAAUUGGAAAACAACCCAAGCAUGGAUUCAGAAGUUGAAAUGAUGUUUUGUGCCCCGCCAAACAUUACACUUAACAGAAAUUCAACUGUUGUACGGAACUCGUCAAAGUUCAACCGAAAUGUGUUACCUGAAUUGGAAGCUGACAUUGACGGUAUAUGGACAGAUCGACUAAAAACAAAUCCCAAACUUUACAAUGGCACUAAAUUUAGACUUGACAGUACGGAAUUAAAUGCAAAUAAUGUUAAACUAAACAUAGGAAUAACUUGUUAUAAAGAUUUUAUAGGCACUAACUGGUCACCCAAUGCUACAGAACUUCAAGGCAAAGGGGGUACACAUUUUAAAAACCCACAAGCUUUCAUGUCUGAUGCCCUUGGUGUAGGAGCUUUACUUUUAUCUUUUGAUAAUUAUGUUACAUUCCAAAUGAGAAGUUUAGAUUGUGGAGAAGCAUGCGGUAUGUGGGAUAUACCUGGAGGCCAUGCAGAACCAAAGGAAAUAGUAGGAAAGAAAGUGGUGACAGAAAUAGAUAUUGAUGAUAUGGAUUCUGAAAAAAUAACCAAUGAAAUAUAUGACUCAAUUCUACGAGAGGUAGUGGAUGAAGUAAAUGUUCCUAUGAAAUGUUUAUCAGAUCCGGUAUUAAUGGGGAUAUGUAGGAACAAUACAUCUGCUGGCAGACCUAGUGCUGAAUUUCUUAUCAGAUGUAGUUUAAAGUCCAAUGAAAUAAGAGAUUUAUACCUACAAGGGAACCAAGCUGAAGCAGAUGAAUCUACCUGUAUACGAUUACUUCCCCUUGAUGAAGUUUUAAACAUGACAGGAGAACAUGAAAUGUGGAAGAAUAUGGCACCCUCAUCUAAAGGGUGCAUAACUCUUGCUAAACACUUUAAAUUUUGAUACCAUUGAUUUUAGUAUCAUUUCAUUGCAUAAAACAUUGAAAAAUUAACUACAUUAAAGAUAAUAUUAACAUAAAAUCCAAUUUAAGGAUCACAAAAAGACAAUGAUAAAUACGCAUUAAUUCUUUAUACAUGGGCAUGUGUCAAUUAGUUAUUUUACAUGAAUCACCAGAUUAUCUCCCUUUUUGUUAAAAAAAGGUAAAAAAUAGUAAUAAAAUUGUUUUUGUUAAGAGAGAAAAAAUCAACCUCUACAGUAUUUAUUUCAUUAAAACAUAACUUGUUAUUUAACAUUAUGAACAGAACAUGUGAUAAAAUAGAGGAGAUUAGAAUAGAUUGGUUAAACCUAUCAUCGGUAUAUUUUUAUAACUAUUUAUUUGCAAGCUGCAUGUAAAAUGUGUGUUUAUAUGUUAUUGAAUGUUUUAAUAGUUGGUGAAAAGCUCAUCAUAGAUUGUUUUUAAAUGUAUGUCAAUUUGGCAAUCAAAACAAAGUUUUACUUUCUUACUUAUUCAUUUCUUUUUUCUAAAACAAAAGAUACUUUUUUACUGUUAUUUUUCAUUCUUAUUUGACAUUAUUUAAUGUAUUUUAUUGACCUGUUUUAGAACUGUUUACAAAUUUGCAAUGAACUUGAUAUUUUAUUAUACAACUAGUUAUUUCAUAUGUUAGUUUAUAUCACUAUUUAAUUUAUUAACAACUUUCCAUGAUUUUGGGUAAUUUAGAGAUUUGUACAGAUUUUGGUAUUUCUAGCUUUAAAUGUUCUCCAUUCAUCUUUCAAAUAGCAUUGUGGUUAAAAGGAAUUUAUUAAAUACAUGUACCACGUUGUUUCUAGAAAUUAUAGCAUCACAUCCAUAAAUCAAUCUACUCAAUAUUAGAAAUUCAUUUUAGAGAGCAUCCUGCUUCAGCAAUAUAGCAUCUCAUUACCAAGAAGCUAUAGGCCAUGGGGAAGAACACUGGCUUUAUCUUAGUUUCUUCAAUUUACAGAGUUUGGUAAAUUUUUGAGCCAUAAAGAGCUUUUCACAAGGUGAUGGGGCUUCACUUAAUUAAAAGUCAUAUGAUGGAUUUUGAGAUAUCAUAUUUAGUUAAAUCAAAAUCUUUGCUUGCUGAUAUUGUCAAUCAGUAUUGAAUAAAAUUAGAACAUGUAGUAAAUCAAUAGUUGUAGUUCAAAGAUAGAAGUGUGGUUAGGAUGCAGAUAACUACACAAGCACAAUGAUGAGUUGGCCUGACAUAUCUUAAUAGAAUAGUUACAUUCACCACCAAAUGUAUACUGUUGAGGGGUAAAUUUCCCCGAGUGGUUCUUUAUUUAUGAUAUUUGUCUCAUUUUUUAUGUUAGAUCCAGACUCUUGGCCAAUUUGUGAAAAAGGGAAAGGGGGCAUAAAAAUCAGUCUUUGAAAGCCACAUUUACUUUGCAAAAAUGUAUUUCAAUUUCACUUUUUCCUCUGCAAAAGGGAUGGAGAAAGUGAAUGAGAGCACCAGCAUUAAAUAAUCUCACCAAAGUAGAAUCUAGAAUCAGUUGAGAGUUCAAGGAUUUUUUUUGCCAGAAAGAUGAACUGGAAAAGUCUAUUUGUGCAUAGACCAAUGUAAAGAUGUUCUUCAUAUAAAUGUUUCACAUGAUACUCUUGUUAGUUGGAAGUGAUAUAUGAACUAACUGUUAUUAUGAAAGUUGUUGUUAUUGUUGACUGCAUGUAUACAUUGUUUUGUAUUAUAUAUUUUGUAAAACACAGUUUUUAACUGUUAUAUUUUAUACAGAGGGUUGGA